GACAGGUGUCCCCGCGCCAGGCCAUGGUGGACGUGCUCGGCGGGCGGCGCCUGGUGACCUGCGACGGCGCGUGGGUGGAGGCCGAGGCGGCGCUGCAGAACAAGGUGGUGGGGCUGUACUUCGCCGCCGGCCGCUGCGCGCCCAGCCGCGAUUUCACGCCGCUGCUCUGCGACUUCUACGCGGAGCUAGUGGACGAGGCACGGCCACCCGCGCCCUUCGAGGUGGUCUUCGUGUCUGCCGACGGCAGCGCGCAGGAGAUGCUGGCCUUCAUGCGCGAGCUGCACGGCGCCUGGCUGGCGCUGCCGUUCCACGACCCCUACCGGCAGUGAGUGGGGGCCGUGGGGAGGUGCUGGGAGAACGUCGGGCGCGCCCCCAACCCGCGCCCCAAUUCCGGUCCCUGCGCUUCUCUUUGAUACCCCGACCCCUACCCUAAUCCGUUCGGCCCUCUCUCAGCUACAUCGAAGUCACUUGCUUCAGCUUCCCAGGGAGGCUCUAUCGGUUGGCAGAUGGGGCUCAUCCACCUGCUUCACCAGGGGGCUUGGUGAGCCUGGACCCUGGCCCACCCUAGUCUCUGGCUCGGUGAGUCUGAGGCUCUGGGAAUCUGAAUUUCCAAGGAGCUCUGGUGAUGCUGAUGCUGUGGUCCAGGGAGACCACUCUGGGAACAGCAGCCCGGGGACGCCCCACCCUGCUGCGCAGGGAAGACGCUGUGGCCCCUUAUCUGGAAAGGAGAGGGAGACUCAGAAAGGCCGCUCAGGUCAGAGCUGGGGAUUGUGGACUGACUGACGUGGGUCGGUAGGACGGGGCUGCGGGCCACGGGCUGGGGGAAGGGCCAGGACUCAAGGGGCUGGGCGAACCCGGUGCCGGCCACGCUGCGGUUUUACCGUCACUGACAGUGACUGAAACUUCAUAAAAGCAUCUCUGGCUCCUGCAACUGGAGGAAGAACCAGGUUCUUGGACU